AUGAACCGCUUCGCGCUCGGUUCAGCAGUUCUGGCAGCUUUCAUCGCAGCACUCCUGUACACCAUCCAGCCCAGUUACAUCACCAACUUCAUCACCACCACCACCACCACCACCACAGACAGUCAAACCUCCAUGACCGCUGCGCGCGCCAUGUCCACCCUCCGCCACGCCUCGAUCAAGCCUCACCGCUCCGCCACGCGCGGCCACGCGGACCACGGCUGGCUCAACACAUAUCACUCCUUCUCCUUUGCCAACUGGUACCACCCCGACUACCAGCAGUUCGGCUCGCUGCGCGUGCUCAACGAGGACCGCGUCGCGCCCAACAGCGGCUUCCCCACACACCCGCACCGCAAUGCCGAGAUCUUCUCGUACAUUCUCAGCGGCGAGCUGACCCACCGCGACAGCAUGAUCAAAAAGGGCCAGGAGGCCGGCGUGGACAAGGAUGCCUUCUACCGCAUGCGCCGGGGCGACGUCCAGUUCACCACGGGUGGCACGGGUAUCGCGCACUCCGAGUUCAACGAGGACCACAAGGAGCCCGUCCACUUUCUGCAGAUCUGGGCGCUGCCCUGGAAGAACGGCCUCGCGCCGCGCUACAGCACGCAGCACUUUGACGACGAGAGCAAGCGCGCGGGCUUUGUGAGCAUCCUGUCGCCCCUCGUCGGCGGGCCCGACGCGACUGCCGAGCAGCACAAGAACCCCAAGCCUACGCUCGAGGGCACCAUCCCCAUCAAUGCCGACUUCACCAUGGGCGCCGGGCUGGUUGCGCCCGAGGGCCAGUUCACAUGGGUCGUGGGCGGCAAGGCCACCAAGGCCACCAAAAGGAAGGUCUUUGUGCACCUGCCCAUGACCAAGAACGGCAAGGCCAAGAUUCGUCUCGACGGCCGCGAGGACGCCGAGCUCAGCGAGGGAGAUGGGGCCUUUAUCGAGGGCGUCGCGCAGGGCGACAAGCUGGUGGUCGAGAGCAUUGGUUCGGCCGAGGCUGAGGUGAUUGUUCUCGACAGCGCCAACUGA